AUGAGGCAAGUAGCCAAGCAAGAGAGUAAGAGGGAGGCAAAGAUGCAGGAGAUUGAAGGAGAGCAAACUGCAAAGGGCAAAGACAUAGCAAAGAUCUUUCUUUAUGGUUUUAUUAGUUUGAUUGAGGAACCAUACAAGUCAGCUCACCAUAUAACAAUGAACAUUGACAAAAGGUCUGGUAGCAUCUUAUUUUAUGACCCAAAUGUAAGAUUACCACUGUGGCCAUUAGCGGAGGCUACUUGGAAAUGGCAUAAUGAGUAUAUGGGAUUAAGUGGACCUUAUCAAGGAGAUGAUGACCCAUAUGAUGAUAAUGUGGUGAUACAGAAGCUGUUUCAUCCUAAUCUUAAGCUUUUGGUUGUUACUGAGGGGUUAGCGGGUUGUAGAUAUUACACCAAGCAUGAUAUAUGA